CGAUCCAUAGGCGCGUGUGUUGAGCUCUCAACUUCAACCGAUUUCCUUUUCGAGCGGCUAUAUACCAUGAGGUGGUUCAAACAUAUUUCCAACGCUAUCAGGAAACCAAAUUUAAGCUCGUACAACCACAUUGCCACUUCAAAGGUUUCGGCUUCGAAGCCGAUUUCCAAGAAAUUUGCAUGUCGUUUAACUUAUUGCUACGAAGAUGAUGAGCGGCGCACUUUUUCAUACAAUUCUAACGAGAAAUGUCUCUUCAUUUCCAUUUUAAGAAUGUCCAAACCCUUUUCAAAAGUCCCAAGUUUCUCUCGAGCCUCUCCAUACAUUCUUAGUUUGUAUUUUCAAGAUGCUCAGAGAAAGGUUUUGGGUGUUGAGGCUUUUAACUCUUCCUUCUUUCAAUACUUUUCAAAAAAAAGUCAAUCAAGUCCCACAUCAUUCACUCACUGGUUUUCAUGCAUCCGGGAAGAUUUACAUACCUUCAUAAGGCAAAUCUCCCAUGGUCUUCGCUUUUUAUACUCCCAAAACAUCACACAUUCUAACAUUCGGGAUGGCGUCUUCAUCACGCCAUCCAACAUGGCAAAGCUCGGAAACUUCUUGGAUGUUCCAAACAAAAGAUCAAUCCUAGAAAUGAUCCAACGAGAUUUCCAAGACUUUGCCGGGAUCAUAGUAGAGGUUUUGGAGAUGCCGGGACACCCGGUGGGCGAUUGUGGAGACCUCUCAAAGUUUAUAGCCGCGCUCCAAGAAACCAGUGUUGCAAGUGUUGAGGAGGCUCGCAUUCUUCUCGAUACUCCCAUGUUCUAUACAACUCUUGAAGGUCUGAAUCUACUAGAGAAGUUGCAUAUGACCAUUUUCGAUAAGAAAUUGUUUGAGCCAACCGAAAUUCAGAACGCAAUCUUUAACUUGCAUGGCACGGGUGAUUGUUGUGAAAAGCUCUUGGAUUGGCCAACAAGGUAUCAGAAGAGUACCCUCUUUAGCAAAGGUGGAAAAUUCAAAAUUCCAAAUCAGAGUGCUCCCCGCGUCGAUAUCAUAAGAUUGCUUCGCAAUAUUUUGGAGCACAAUGAAGGGAGAUCUGGAAGAUUUUGUACCUACAAGAGCUUUCGGGAGGAAUUCGGAGAUAUCAUUGGUGAGCUAAGAGGAGUGUUGUUUUACAUGCUAAACAAGGACUCAACUUUUGAUCGCCAUGAAAUCCAUACCAUCAAGAUGUUCUUUGAUUCCUCCGUGACGAGAAACGAUGAUGUGGAGGUGUCCUCAAUUCUAUUGCAAAGGAUGGCUAAAACUGCUCCACCUCAACCUGCAGGAACAUCAACCUUGACCGGCCGCCGAUUGAAUCAUCGAAGCGGCGGGAUGGCCGCCGGGGCAGCGGGCUACUGCGCGGCGUAUUCGAGGGGAGCAUCUCCGGCCACGACUCCGACAUCCAACGCCGCCCCUAUCACAAGAACUGCGGCUGCGCCCUGCACAAAUCGCGCGGCGGAGGAGGCCACCGUUGCUCCCAUUCGCCGUCCCACGUGUCUUACCCCAUCCGGCGCUCCUGGAGCGAGGGCUGUCUGGCUUUGGCUGUGGCCUCCUCCCGAUCGCCUUCUCCGCGCUGCUCUCCCACCGCCUCAAUCGCGCGGAAGAGACACAAAUCUAUGGUCUUUUCUAUCGAAGAAGAAGAACAACAACAUGAAUUCGACGGCGAGUCGCCGACGACAGUAAUUGGCAAUCCAGGAGCCGCUAAUUAGGCAUCGACGCCGGCCGUAUUUUGACCUUUUUCUAUAUUUUCCUUUGGAGAUCUAAAUUUUACUCCGUCUCGAUUAUUAGAGCACUGGUAAUGGCCAUGAAGCCCCGGGGCUUCAAACCGCAAAUUAUAUCGUACAUCCGGCUGUACGGGAAGAACCGUACAGCCGGCAAUUAAUUGGGGCUUAGGGAGGAACUGCUGUAGGAACGGCCGAUUCAAUUGGCCAUGAAGGAGGCUGAGAUGGGGCUGGUUGAUUCCCGAUAGGCGAUCUGUGAUUUGACGAUGAAGAAGGUCCAAUCCGCAAUUAGAGGAUGAAGCUCCAAUGGAGGUUGUUUGGAAGAAGAUGAAUGUAUGAUCUGCAAUCGGCUGCUUGCUAAGAUCUGGUCACCGCUUCAGGUUGCUCGAGAUGGUCCUACUG